CACACGGCGCAAGUCAGAGUUUGACAGUGUGAACUCGUGAUGUUUAUAGUUUUCUGUGAAUGGCGAGAGAAUAUGAAGUGAUGAAGACUAAAGCGUGAAUAAAUGACCUGAUGAAGAUGUGUGUGAGAGAUUGUUUAUGUGUAAGUGUUGUUGUGUUGUUCGGGCUGCUGCACGCGUGCCUCUGUUAUGAAGAUCAAACACGUGAAGAUUUAAAAACAGAUGACAAUAUAAUACUUCAGACCCAUGAGUGUGAUGUGAGAUCAGAGGAUGUGAAGUUCCAGGUGUCCGGUCGAGCGCUGGUUCCUGGAGUCAGAACUCAAGACUGGAUCUCAUCUGCGCGAGUUCUGCUGGACGGAGACAAACACGUGGGAUUCAUCAGAGAUGAUGGAAGCUUCAUUGUCAGUGAUGUUCCAUCAGGAUCAUAUGUUCUGGAAGUCUCCUCUCCAACAUACAGAUUCCCGCCUGUCCGUGUGGACAUCACCACCACAGGCAAAAUGAGGGCACGUGUGGUGAACUACAUCAAGACAUCGGAGGUGAUCAGACUGCCGUACCCUCUUCAGAUGAGAUCCACCGGACUGCAUUCAUAUUUUAUACAGCGAGAAACAUGGGGCUGGUCAGAUGUCCUCAUGAAUCCGAUGGUUCUUAUGAUGGCUCUUCCUCUUCUGAUAAUAGUUCUUCUUCCUAAAGUCUUCAGCUCCACUGAUCCAGAGAUGAGAAGGGAGAUGGAGCAGUCUAUGAACAUGCUGAACCCCAACCACGAGCUCCCCGAUGUUUCUGAGCUCAUGACAAAUUUCUUCUCACCACCUAAAAGUCACAGGAGGUUAGGAGGCGGAGCCAGAAGCCCAAGGGGUGGAGCUCCGAUUCCAAGGGGUGGAGCUCCGAGGCGGAAGUAAUAACCAAUCAUCAGCGAGAUACGAUGCUUAUGUCGUCAUUCAUUUGUGGAAUAAUCUUAGCAACUUCUACAGAUGUAUUUGCUUUCGUUCAUCAGAGUCAAUUACUGCAGCUGGUCAGAACAUAUUUGCAUGUGCAGUAUAUGUAAAUGUCACUUUAAAAAUCUAUAUUUUGCCUUUUACCUGCUGCUGACUGUAAUUUGCAGUCUGCAUAACAUUUACAUAAUCUUAAAAUACAUGUACUGCUGCUUAUUAAAAUAAUUUUAUUUAUUGAACAAGUUUAUGACUCUAAAAGUUCAAACAUUUAUUAUAGAUAGUCUAAAGUUGUUCAAAGAAAAAAACUAAUAAUAAAAGGCAGAAAUAUUUCUUGUU